AUGGGACUACUAGCGACUUUGCGCAACUUCACUGGCGGCUGGAAGGAUCUUACCUCGACUAGCAACCCUGUAGGUCAUUCUGGAAGUAAUGACUGGGCGGCCGGUGGAGACUGGGGAUCCGGCGGGGGUUGGGGAUCUCCCAAGGCUACUACAUCUAGUUGGGCAUCUAGUAGCGGAGGGUGGGGUUCUGCUGCGCCUAGUUGGGGCUCCAGUGACACUUCUUAUGCUCCUGACAAGAAGGAAACGUCCACAUCCAGUGGGGGAGCAGCCUCUGAUGCCCCCACGACGCGAUGGCCAGACACAGCUAAAGAACCGAAUCGUCCACAAUCGCGCCCGCAACAACCCCAAGCGCCGGCUUCUUCUCCUUCACGAUCAGACAUGAAACCACAACUUUCUCCCCGCUCUCACAGAUUGGACAAAAUUGACACCAAUCUCUCGGCCGAUGUACAUUUUUCAAGGCGGAAUUCACGUCCUUCACCAACGUCCUCCGUUCCAUCCGCCGUUGACAGGAAGGCGACGGAUCCUUUGCGCCCUAUACGCGCACUUCCAAAUAGGAACAAGGCGACUUCUAGUCGCCAAAGCUCGGUCUCGCGAACUGAAUCAUCUACCAGACGCUCAAUUCCUGAUUCCUCCCUUACCUCCCAACUCGAUGAGGCCGAAGUAUCGAAAUUGCUGAGCGGCCCUACAACGGAAUUGACCAGAACCAUCAUUAAACUGAUGAUAGAAGCAGUAUAUCUGAAAAUACAGCUUGACAAGGCCCAACAUCUCUAUCGCGAACUCCAUCGUAAUCUGGAAUCACCUCAAUAUGCACGCGUAAACAACCUUGGCCGCACCAAAUUCAACAAGAUGUUGCAGGAGUACUCCGACUCGAUUCAUCGACAGAAGCAGCUCCUGGCUGGCACUCUACGGAAUCUCAGUCGCCUGCCAGAUUUAGCCGGGUUGGGCGACGCGGACUCUGCUGUAGAGGAGUCGGCGUUGUUCACAUACGCGGAAGAACUGAAAGGAUGGAUGGAGCAGACGAGGAUAUACGUUCUUGCGUUGAAGAAAAACAUGGUUGCUCAGAUGCAGGAGAUACCAGAAGCAACACCUGCCCCGGAGGUUGACCCUCCGCCAGACGAGGAGGUUUCCGCGCCCACUACGCCUACCACCGAACUUCUGAGAUCUACUGAUGCAGCGGAAAGCAAAUUCGAAGAUCUUCUACCAGGGUUUGACUCAGUGAAAAUUGAGUCGCUUGCGGUCACCAGACAUCUCGAUACGAUGAUCAAUUCGAAAUUAGCAGAAGACACGCAAGGGGUGAGGAUUCAAGAGUUGGUGGACGCGGCGGCGCAGAUGGAAGCCGAGUUCAACAAGGUGACAGAUGUAGCGGCCGACUUAUUUACGAAGCAAGGAGACCAAAAGGUCCGCCUACGCAUGCUGGAGGGUAAUGUGCUCGUUGUGCAGCAGAAACGCCUGAACAACGCUAGGCGAGCCGCCAAAGUUGAACAAACACAUGUGGAACAGACCCAGCUUUUGGAUGAAUUGUUGGACAAAGUUCGAGACCUGCACAUAAAGGAGGAGACAACGUCUGCACUACCUUCUGAACCCCAGCUGCCUCUUACCAAGGAGCAGAUGGAAGAGUGCGUCGAUACUAUUGUCGAUCGCUUCAUGGAAGACUUGCGACCAAGACUUGCCGACACUAAAGCCCGCCAUCUGCGCCAAAUCCACGACUCAGCAAGCUCAAUCACGAAUACCGUUUGGUUGCAUCUCGAACCCUUCGCAAAGGCAGUCAAAAGCCUCGCCAUCAAGGGUAGUCCGGUGAACAGUCCUCAAGAGUCAAUUGCCACAGAAUAG